AUGUUGGCACCGCAGCCCCUUGGGAAAACUGCCGCAUUUCCUGCUCCUUUCCCUCCGGAGCACGCGCUAAAUACUGAGAAGUUGAGGAAACUUAGCCCUCAAUUAAUGCCCAGCACAUCUCCUUGUUUAACUACUGUGGCCACCGACCCUGAUGCGAUCUCAUAUGUCCCAGGCCACCCUUGGGUUGAAUUGUCUGGGGAUAGUGUUGCACGUUUCCUCCAGAGCGAGCUUGCUACUCCCAUCCUGGAUGAGCUUUACAGUUUCCUGUGGAUAUUUUCGCGGCCCUCCUUUGACAACAUAGAUCCUUUGCAUCGACAGAAGAUGAAGAAUAGAAAGAUCAUACCCAUCCAGAACCCGAAUCUCCAUUUGGUAUGGAAGAAUGAUGGCAUUUACGUGAAACCUAUGCCGGUCUGGAUGCUCAAUGACGAUUUCUGGAUCACCUUUCUUUCCUCGCCCCACAAAGCGCCGUUACUUCCCGAUCGAGACUCCAAAGCUCAUCCGGCUACUGACCGCUCUACUGCUCUUGGCUUUGUGCGAUCCUACGCAUUCCUUGUGCAAGACGAGCUUGAUUUCAAGCUGGCACAGGCGGACUAUCUCAUUCCUCCCGACAUACAAUGGAUCGAAUGGGCUAUCUUUAUGAGCUACUUUCGAAAUCUGGAAGACUCACAAGUCUCAGCCCGAUACCACUUUGGCCAGUUACGGAUUUCCCGGCUGAACUGGGCUGUGCGCCUCCUCCGUCCUAAAUCUGCGCGCACGUGGUGGUUUUACGAAGUCCCAUACUGGGCUAUAAGCGUUUAUCUACAGGCAGCACUGUCGCCAUUUCUCUUUAUAUUCGGAAGCGUGUCAGUCGUCUUGUCUUCGAUGCAGGUAAUGGCGGCGUUCGAGGACUCUUCUCUAGAUGGUUCUCAGCUCACCGCGAUGAAAUAUUCCUUCUGGAUGUUCUCAAUGGUCACGGUCGUAGGCUCGGCCAUUGUCUGGGCUCUUGCCAUCUGUAUACCUUUAUUUGUUCUAUUACACCAGUUCGGGUGGGGUGUCUUGAACCGGAUCAAGAUGUAG